GAUUUUUAUGUCCGAGCAACAAAUGGUAAGAAUGAUUAGCUUAGGAUACCCUCUCCUUAUGUCUUUGUCUAUACUUUCCCAAGGCUUCCUAUUUUCAGUCUCUAAGUCUAUUAGAAAGGCGGAGAACGAGGACAUGUUACUCGAUAAGAUCACACUAAGAAAAGCUUACCAGACUGGAGAUGCUUCGGAAAAAGUAAUGGGGUCUCCUUUAGAGAGUUACAAGAUGGACAGUGGCAACGUUUUAAAUGAAGAAGAAAGAAGCUUAAAGAGUAUGGGUACCCAAAAUAAUUUCUUCAAUCGUGAUGGCCUUCCACGUAGUAUUGGAAUAAAACAGCUUCCCUACCUCACGCUUAAAAAUUCUGUACAUCACCCAGAGUCAGAAGAUCAGAGCAUUGAAUUAGCACAGGAAAGGAGAGACAUUGGAGAGGAUGAAAAUGGAGCCAAGUUUCCUGUAGGACGAAGAGAUUUUGAUAUGCUGAGGUGCAUGCUUGGAAGAGUGUAUCGACCAUGCUGGCAGAUAUGAUGCACAAAGAUUCCUCUUGAACACCGUUCUAACCGGAAUUACAUCCGACAAACAUUUGCAAUUUGUUACUUUAAAAAGAAAAUCAAAUGAAAAGUCGGUAAUUGCUUUGUAAAUUUAUUAUUGU